AUGGCAUCAUCGUCGGAUCCAAGUCUUGGAGCGUCUGCUCUUGGAACAUCUCCGUCAACAAGCCGGAAGCGACACUACGCAACGAUUGCAGAACCAGACGAGGACGAGGUCAAAGAAGAGCCACUUAGUGACGAUGAGAGUGACGAGAGCGAUGAGAGCGAUAAGAACGAGGAGGAAUCUGAAGGCUGGGCUGAUACCACUGGUCCUCACCACGCCGGUGCUAGAGCACCUGCCUACGACGGAUCAGUCGAUGUGAUGUUCGAUGAAAGCAGACGCCGAUUACAAUCCGUGAUCGAACUCGUAGAGAGGUACAGCCUGAGGGCAAGCAGCGCUCAGACCAUGCUCGACAAACUGUGGGAUCUCCAACAGACUCCGGUGUGGACAAAGUUCCGUAUACUGCUCGUGGGAAGCUCUGGCACGGGCAAGAGUUCGAUCAUAAAUAAUCUACUGGACAUGCCUUCCUUGACGAAAGCUCUCGACACGGGUAAGCGGUGUACAGAUGUGCCGACGAUUUACGAGGCACCCCUGGACGGUCAAACCAAGGCUUUUGCUGCUCAGGUACAGUUUCGAUCACCCCAAGUCAUCGAAAAGCUACUGCACGUCUUGCUAUCGAACUUUUACUUGUGGCAUUGUGAAAGCGAGGACGGCUGGUCUGAGGAUCGGCGAGACGUCAUUCGACGUACAGCAGAGUCCGCCAUCAAUAUCUGCUGCGAAAUGUUCAAAGGAAAGCCCGGAUUCAUGAAUCAAGCCACAGCGAUCGAGUGGCUCACUGACAGACGCUCAAUUAUGCUCGACCUAACAGUCUCACUGCUCUACAGCUGGUGCGAAGAGAUCUUGGCCGCUGUGAGAGACAACAAGACUAACAACGACAUUGGCUUGGUCGAAGCAGCUACAGCAACGGAAUUGAGAGUCUUGGUGAAGCACUUUAGCCACUCGAACAGUAGAAGCGAUAAAGCUCAGCUGUGGCCUUUAGUCGAGCAGAUUCGAGUGGGCAUACAAGGACGAGAGUUACUGCAGUAUAUCACGAUUGUGGAUUGUCCGGGUUCAAGUGAUGACGACGGCCUUCGGUCUGAGGCAUUCGAGAGAAUGAUCCACGGCGGCUGCCAUGAGCUAUGGAUCGUCGAUCGAAUUGGUCGCAUCGCUUCGGAGCGUAUUGUGGCUUCCAUGCUUGCAACUUAUGGCAAACACCUUCCUGUGCUCGUAAUUGCCACUGCUAUCGACGACAACGUAUCCGACGGCCUAUGCGAGGAAUACGAGGACGGUGGUCUUGAUGUGGAGGACCUUCGCGCGCAGAUCAGGCUUGUGACUCGACUAAGCGAAAGAUCCAGCAAGCUGAAGAGGUCGAUCCAGCGCCAAUCGAAGAGGCGCCGAGUGUCAACUUCAAACGAGCAACGUGCCCUUACGACCGCAUCAAACAGCCUGCGUGAACUCCAGGAUCAGCUCAGAUCGGCACAACAGCAUAAGUUUGAGAGAUUCGUCAAUUUGCGUCUUCAGUACAUCAUUAGAGAGCUCAGGGACAAGUAUGGCGCAAAUGUAGCACCUGACGAGAUCCUAGAGAUUCAUGGCGUAUCGAACAAACACUAUGCUGAAGGCAAAGGCGGCCUCGACCCUGUCUCGCCGCGCCUUGCAUUAUCAGACACAGGCAUCCCCAGCCUACGAAAGCACAUUUUCAUGAAGGAAGCAGUCGCGAGUAACAAGAUCCAAGCGCUGCGGUACUAUCUCAAUGGUGAUCUGGCGGCUCUUUUACAGAGCUUCGAUUCACUACUGCAACCCUCGGCCAGCACUGGGCAUACAGAGAUGAGUGGCAUCUUCACAUCAGCCUCGCACCGACUAAACGCCAUUGUAUCGGAGCGUUUACAAACGUUUCCAGGAACUAUCGACGACGGCAUCACCAGCCAUAUGGUGCGCUCAAUCCCUGCUUAUCUCGACCAUGCCAUUGUUGAAUUGAACAAACGCCGGAAAUGGAACCAUCAGACUGCCAAAGCUUUCAUCUGGAAGAACGGACGCCACUCUACCAGAAGGGAGCCCUUUCGUCAGUCUUGGGACCAGCAUUUCUCAGAGGCCGCGGUUGCUGCACUGCAGACGGAGUGGUCGAGCUUUGCGCCUCAGCUUGACACAUUCUUGGACGACUUCGAAUUAUCUAUACUGGAUGUUCUUGACCAACUGAAGAAAGAGUACAAUGGAAGAGCUGUCUGCGAAAAUGCCGACAGAAAGCGCUUCAAGGACACCACAACAGCUUAUACGCAUCGGACACGGCGUGAGCUGCGCCUCUUCCGCUCAACUUUGCGCGACUCAAUGAAGUCAACAGUCGUAUGCGCUGUCACCGAUAGCGCAGCAAACUACUUCUCAUGUGCAAUGUUUGCAGCAUACAAGAAAUGUCAAGACUUCACAAAAGGACGAGGGAUAAUGGAGAGAUACUUUGAUGCGCUCGAAAGCCAUAUCCGAUCUACCGAUGGGCUACGGACGCCUUUCGAGGUCAUGAUUGUGAGGUUUUGCGAGACACUGGAGAAGAAUUUUGAGACGAGCGCUCGUGAACUAUUGAGCAAGCUAGUAGUGCUAAUGAAUGAGAUGCGAAACGACCUACUGGAGAUCGUCGAUGCUGAUGCAGACACGGCGAUCUUGGGUCUGCGGCCUGAUCUAGCUAGGGCCAAGGCUGAUUUUGAACAGUGGAUCGUUGACAGUAACGGACUGCUUGCACAGCUGGAGUCGAGAUAUGCAGCUGGAGUUGCGCAGUAG